ACGGGUCGGGACGGGACCCCCGGGCCAUGCGGCUCCUGGCCGCGGCACUCGCCGCCUUCCUGGCCGCGGCCCCGGCCCCAGAUAUCUGUGAGGCUUUAAAUGUGACGGUCUCCCCAGGACCAACAGUGCGAUACGCUGAGGGAGACAAUGCUACCCUUUACUGCCACAUUUCUCAGAAGAGGAAAAUGGACAAUUUGCUGGCUGUGCGGUGGGUCUUCGCUGUAUCACCUACCCAGGAGUACCUGAUGAUCAAAAUGACUAAGUUUGGGUCUGUCCAGUAUUAUGGAAAUUACACUCACCAUUUUCAGAAGCAAAGACUUCGUCUUCUUAAAGAGAAACAUGGAACAAUGUACAAAUUUCUUAUUUUAAGCCUACAGCCAACAGAUCAAGGGCAUUACAUAUGCAAAGUGCAGGAAAUUGGAAAGCACAGGAAUAAGUGGACAGCAUGGUCAAAUGGCACAGCAGCUACUGAAAUAAAAGUGAUUUCACCGAGAGCUUCAGAUGAUCCCAUCUUCAAGAAAAACCAUGAGGCUUGGAAGUUUUUUGAAGACCUGUAUGUGUAUGCAGUGUUUGUGUGUUCAAUAGGAAUCAUCAGCGUCCUCCUUUUCACACUUGUCAUUCUCUGUCAAUCCCUUCUAAACAAGCGGAGAUCCACAGUGAAGCAUUACCUGGUGAAAUGCCCCCAGAACAGUUCAGGGGAGACAGUUACCAGUGUGACAAGCAUGUCCCCACUGCAGCCCAAGAAAGUAAAGAAAAAGAAAGAAAAAGAAAAAGUGGAGCAGCCACCAGCCAUCCCAGCAAAAGCUCCAAUAGCCAAUAACUUUCCUAAGCCCAAGCUGCUGAAACCACAGAGAAAAUUGAUCCUGCCAAAAAUCACAGAGGAGAACUUAACAUAUGCUGAACUUGAACUUAUGAAGCCGAUCCAGGAAGCCAAAGGCAUUCCCAGUACGACAGUCUAUGCACAGAUACUCUUCGAGGAGAACAAGCUGUAAUAGUUCAUGCCUGUAUAAAUGUCCUUUGUCUGUGUUCUAUUUAAUUCUUGCUGUGCUGUUUAUUUAUAAAAAACAUACAAAUGUCCUUAUUUUUUUACCUCCAUUCACAUGCUUCUAUAUUUUUAUGAGCCUUCUAAACAAAGUGCCAUUGAAAAUAAUCAUAGAAAAAGCAGCUGGUCUACAACUGACAUACCAGAGAAAACCAAAGUUUGGUUUUCAUAUUUUCAUUCCACAUUUCCCCUUCUAAAUGCCAUUGUUUUUAAAACCUACAUUACUUAUAUUAAGUGUUUGACAUCAAAUAUUUUAAAAUAAUCCAAGGGAAACAUGCAAAUUUAAACUAAAAGGAUUGUAGAAAGAAUAUUUAAAGCUUUUUUGGAGGGGAAAAAAAGAUCGUUAAUAGAAAAAAUUGGUAGUGAUGAAAAAGUUUCCCCAGAAUACGGACACUGUUCUUGGCCUUGCUUGAGAUUGGAAGUAAUUUCAUUUAUUCAAAAUGUAAUUUAUCCAAAAGUCAGACCAGUCACUAAUCAGAAGCUACUGAGGAUUUUGAAGUAGCCUUUGUAGGGCUGGGGCUUUGAAAAUCCAAACCAAGGUGACCCAGGUUGCUUCCUCUGUAUCUGUUGGGUUGUUCUAGGGAUGGGGCAAAGGGCAGCAGGGCGCAGUUCACAGUUGGGACCCAUCACAGGAAUACGUAGUGUCCUGAGCUCCAGUAGAGGAGACAGCAGACAGCUGUAACGAAGGACAUGGAACAGUCCAUCCAUGCAAUCCAUGCAAAACCAGUUCAACAGUUAAAUCUAGUUAAACCUUCCAAAAUAAAAAUACAACUCUAAUACAUUAAACAGGUCACUAUUACAUUGAGCUGGUCACUUAGUUGUGAGGACUUUCUCAAGUUUGGCAUAUAAUCAUUCCUUCAAAAAAUAAUUGGGCAUUUUGUCCUUUGUUUAGAAAAUUUCUCUACUGUAUAUGUAUGCCCAGUAUUUUAAUGAAUACCCUUAUUUCUGUAUUAAUAGACUAUGUAUUCUU